AUGCAGCCGACACCUAAUUAUACAAAUACCAAUUCAGAUCUUGAUCACUCCAGAGGGAGCGGCUCCAGUGGACGCGAAAGAAAUCGCCCAGGUCGGGGAUAUCGUUUUGCAAACCCUCUUUAUGAUACUCCUACGGGACCCAGCAGACAAUAUCCACCCUCUGCGAAUGAAUUUCCUCCGCUUGGCCUGAGUCAAUCGCAGGAUGGCAAUGUAUUUGGAGGAGGAGUGAGCGGAGCAACUGGGGGAGGACAUACAAUUACAGGAAUCCUACCCAGACCUGCCGGCACUGCGACUACAAGAGAAGGACAAAUGGGAAUUAGAAUGACUCAAACUUCUUUGGCACGACAAGCUCUCGGACCACGAUCUUUCUCCGCCGGUUUCGCAGGUUCUGUUGGUGAGUUUAUGGGUGGAAGAAGAGGCGAGAUGGCGUCAGAGGCACCCCAAGUCUCUUCCUACUUGGCAGCACCACAAUUCUCCCUUCGAGGAAAUCUGCUUCCCCCUCGUUCAAAUCCCAGUAAUCUAACCUCUCGCAUCGCUAAUACACCAAUCUCUUUCCAUACAAAAUCGACACCCUAUACAUUCACCAUGACUGCGGCCGCCGGAACCUCUCUCACGCACCGAAGCGCCCCCUAUGAAAUUGGCAAGAACUUCGAUCGCCUUCGCAUCCAGGGUGCUCAUCUCGGUCUUACAAACUCUCCUUAUUUUCCAAAGUGCAAAGAGGACCUGAUCAAGCAUAGGGAGGAAAGAAAGAACGACGCCAGAGAUGCAAUGAACAAGAGAAUCAGAAAUAAGGAGGAGAUCAUGCGAUUGAAGAAUUUGGAGGGAUGCGAAGGAGCUCAGGUUAAGAUUCGUCCUGCUUUUGGAGGAAAGGUCUUUGGUGAUGGGUUAUCUGGCGUACUCGGACAGAAGACCAUUUGGGGAAAUCCAAGCUUAGACAAGGAAUUGCCUGAGAGGGCCCAAUGGCCAACUUUGCCGGAGUUAAAGCAAGUAGGAAUCAGAAAGAUGAGAUUGCCUGCUCCCAAGUACAAGAAGGAGGCUGAAAUGGCAGGAAAGCCGAUCAAAUCGUUUGCAGGAGAUAGAGUUGGAUUGGGAAGAAGAAGAAGAAGAGGAACUGAAGAAACAAUCAUGUUCGAUGAGAAUGAGAUCAAGGAGAUGGGCGAUAUGAAGAGUCUUUUUCAAGAGAUUGACGGAUAG